AUGAAAUCCUAUGCCUGCAAUGGACUACGACAGACCCAAACAACAAGAGUCUUAGGCUUUCCGCCGCGUAUCUUCACUCAACAGCAUAUAACAUCAUUUACUCAAAAAUCAUCCAAGGAAGAAUGUAGGACGUCGAGCUACAGCGCAGCGGUUGUGCCAAGCCACCUCGCUACGGGAGCCCUGCUGCUAGUAGCCGCCUGCGAAAACCUGCUUGCGCCGGGCGUCGCUCAUGCACUGGAGCUGCACGCGGAGCCCAGCAAUGCACUUUCGCUGCCUACCUGGGCUAUCCACGUGUCCUCCGUGCUGGAGUGGGUGACUGCCAUGGGCCUUAUGUGGAAGUACGCGGAGGCCAGCGGCAAUCCCCGCUGGAAAGGCAUGGCCUGGGGCAUGUUGCCUAGCCUGGGCUCCGCUAUGGCUGCCUGCACCUGGCACUUCUUCUACAACUCGCCCGACCUGGAGUUCCUGGUGGUGGUGCAGUCCGCGCUCACGGUCAUUGGCAACUGCACUUGCUGGUGGGCCGCAUACCGAAUCUACGAGGCCGCCAUGGCGGAGAAGUCGUCGGCGUAG